CCACGUUUACUUGACUGAGGUAGCUGAAGCGAGACGGGCAGGGUCCUCUCAGUUUUUGUUUGAGUGCCACUUCUGUGUCCGUCGUUGCAUGACUGUAGCCAACUGCGCAACAAGUUUUUUAAUAACCCCUCCGGCUGCUGCUGCUGCUGCUGUUGUUGUUGCGCCUGAACAGCUGACUGCAGGCCGAGCUGAGCUGCUCCAUGGGUUGAUCCCUCACGGUCUGAAGAUGAUCGGGUCACCGGACCUGCUGGCCUUCACCGGGACGGAGGGGUUUGGAGAGGAGGAAGGUCAGGAGGUGCAUGGUCUACCCGAGGAGCUCUCCGUACCUCUGUUACCUUCAUCCAACCCCUGGACCUCUGCUGCACAGUUUCACACAGACUUCAUACUGGUGGCUGAAUUUUCAGAGCAGGUGGGACCAAAGCCUGUGCUGACGAUACCGGAUGACCCCCGAGUCAUCGGAUCGUUUGAUCUCAACCACUUCUCUGUUCGUAUCAUGUCGGUGGACUACCAGGCAUCCGGCCCCGGCCAGGCCCCUCCUACAUCCCCUGGUCCCCGCCUCAACUUCAGCGAAGACUCCAAAGUGAUCCUGGGAGAUUCAGCUGAGGAUGCGUAUGCGUACGUUCACCACAUGACCUUGUACGACCUGGAGGCUCGGGGCAUGGUGCGUCCUUUCUGUAUGGCCUACGUGUGCUCGGACCAGGCCAAGCUGAUGGAGAACUUCUCUGAUCUGUCGACAUGCUUCUCUCAGGCGUCCGAAAGCCUCAAGACGGGAAACAGACAAGCGUUUUCUAUGGAGCUGCAGAGGAAACUACAAGAGCUUGAGUACAGGCGGCUGACUCUGCAACCGGAGACGGACCCUCAGACAGUGAAUGGGUUUGAAGAAAUGGGAGAGAAAGCCAAUGAGCUUGAAGCUGUGAUGCGUUCCAUCUCAAACAACAGAGACCUCCUCCGCCAGGUCACCUCCUACCCAAACAGGAAGCUCAAACAGCCCGACUUUCUGCCCUACGACCCAGCCGACUCGCUCACUGAUCCACUUACAUUACUGCCUCCUGAGCCCCCCACCACCCGCUCCAGUUCCCCCUCCUGCAGGUCCGAGCGUCAUCUGAAGCAGCUGCAUGAGCUUUGCAACGCCUACUUCCUGUCGCUGAUGAAGGAGCAGUUGGCUGAUACAGAGCGACGCUUGCGUGGCGACAGGAGUGCACUGCGAACUACUCAUAUCACACGCUCACUAUCCAGGAGGCUCACACUCACCAACUUCCUGUUUGAGCUGUGGACUCCAGAGGACGGAGAGGAGGAAGAGAGGGAGAGCGCUGGGGCGGAGAGGGAGACACAGAGGACAACAGAGAGUAAGAGCAGUGGCGAGCUCUUAAGUGCUGAACCCAUGAGCCUCGAGUCCUUCUGCUCCUGUGUGGAGGAGAUCCCAAUCAAACUGGUGGCAGGAGAAGCUUUGAAGGCGAGCCCUGAUCCUAGUGUUGCCAUGGAGAUGACAGGAAGCGUGAGCAGCAGCGAUAGCAUUGAAGUGCUGGGGACAGAGAAGUCUUAUCGGACGCAGCAUGACGUCACUGGGUCUGAUAGCAGAGAAACACACGUCGGGAUGGCGGACAGCUCUCUCAGACGAGCAGUGGUGGAGGCAGGCGUCAGGCGAGUUCCAGCGUACGCCAGACGGGCCAACAGCGAGGACAGCAUCGAGGUCCUGAGUACCACCGAGUCCAUCUUUCCCGACGACCUCACAGCCAUCACAGAGGAGGAAGCAGAGCACCAACCUCUGAGUAACGGCCUGCAGGGUGAGGAGGAGGAAGAGGAAGAGGAGGAGUUACUGUCAGAGUGUAAAUAUGAUGACGUCCACAGAAAGGAGGAGACAGUCCUCGAGGAGGAGUCGUUGAAUGUGACUGUUGUAGAAAAUGAAUGUGAGCCGCCCGUCCAGGAGGUUGAUGAAAGUCGAGAUGACGGAGAAGAGUCUGUAAAGCAAAUAACUGUCGCUAAGGAAGUCGUGACCAAAGAGGAGCCGGACGCUGAGUGUUUGAAGAGAGAUCACGUCAAUGAAGAUAACAAUCCAGAGAGUACAACCAGAAAGCUGCAGGUUGUAAAAGCAGCGAAGUCGCUUGAGGUUCAUCUGACGGUGCCCGACGUCCAGGUGGACCUUUCCCCACCAACUCCCCUAACUGAGGUUGAACGAUGGUCUCCUCCUCGCACUCCCCUCCGGCUGCUGAGCGUCGACGAAGCGUCUGACUGCACCAGCUUCAGCGGCACCUCGGACCACCUCUCUCCCACCCAGAGUAUCCACGGCAGCACGCGCUCAGAGAGGAAGAGGAGAAGGAAGGCUGGACUCAGAGCCCUCAGGUUCCUGAAGCACCACUCGUUCUCCCAGCAUGCCGUGUUCUGUCUGCUGAGCGGCCGGCCGCUGGUGGUCAUCGGAGGAGACGAGGGUCUGCUGAGGAAGCAGGUGGACGCACUGAGUCUCUUCCUGCCGGCUCCUCUCGCUGAUGGGAGUGCUGUGAUGCAGAGUUUGACCUCACCCCUUCAACUGACCGACCUGCUCACCUGGAGACUGAUCGGCAUACACAGAUCAUCCUCCAGUACUUCCUCCAGCGUGCUUCACUCUCUGACUCGCUACAGCCGUUAUUUGGCCCUGCUGGACCUGGACCAGAAGACGCUGCGAUGUCCCCCAUACUCCGGCUCCCUCAUCAGCAGACUGGCUGACCCUCACACCGGCAUCAGUCGGGGCAUCACCUACCUGCGGCACCUGGAGAGCUGCUUGACUGCACUGGCCAAUCAGGCUCUGCUGUACACAUUUAAUUCAUCCAUCCAACAUCCUGACACCGCUGGCGGGAAUAACGUCGAACAAGGAGACGACUUCCUGUUAACGCGAGGAUUCUGCACCACUGAGAGCGAUUUGAGAGUAAUGCGUUUCCUGUCUGACCUCAUCAAACAGCGCCACGCAGGUCGUGGUCCACCAGUGUUGAGAUUCUAUUACAGCUCGAUGAGUCUCCACAGAAACACAUUUACAACAUAAGAGCUUGUUAGAAGACACUGGAGGAACAAAAGAAGCCAUUAUUGAGAUGGUUGAACACCUACUAAAGCACUGAUCUUUAUUCUACUGAAACAGAAAUCAUGUUUUUAUCUGCUGUGUUAAAUUUGUGUUUAUACAUGAUUCCUCCUCCUGGGUCGUGUAUCACUAGAUUACUGGACAUUCGUGCACUAGUGUCUCACAGGCACCAAAGACUUUCACACGCAGGCAGCCUGAUACAGCUGCAGUAUAAAAGUCAAGUUCAGUACUUCAAGUAUUGGACUUUUUAUUGGAGUGUUUUUUUAAUGUAGGCUUAUCACUGAAUAACACAUGAACUUUGUGUAAAUUUAAGCUAUUUGAGCCACUUAUGAACACUUUAAAAGUUACUGUUUAGACAGCGUGGUGUUGUGGAUUUUGGUAAUCCACAACUAAUUGGAGUGUUAGUUCUUUUAUUUUUUUAAUGUUUGUUGGGUCUGUUGCUCGGUCAUCCAACUUAUAAUCAUAAAAAACACUUAAUUUGGCUGAUUGUUUUGGCCGCUGACUAUAAAGAGAGACAGAAACAAAGCCAUGGAACAAAGAUCCUGAGCUACAAUCCAGGGUUAUAUAUAGUUUGUUGUAUUGUCUGUUUAAACCACAUUUAACCAGCUUGAAAGUGUUUUUAAUGGGUUCAAAAACUUUGAAACAGUUCAACAUGUUGGGAAAAUGACCUUUUAUGUAUCUUUAUUAUACAGACAUGAGUUGUAUCAGACUUCUCAUCAAACUCUGAGCAAAAAAAAAAAAAAGUCAAAUUGUCAUUCAGUGCAGCUAAACCAAAUGUCCUGACCUAAAAUGACUUUAUUGUCC